AUGGCCGGAUCAAUCAAUAAGCCCAAGAAGCCAAAGUCCAAGAGGACGCCCGUCCGCCUUCGCCACAAGAUCGAGAAGGCGUCGGCGGCCAAGCAGAGGAAACAGAGAAAGCUCGCCAAGAAGAACCCCGAAUGGCGCUCCAAGCUCAAGAAGGACCCGGGAAUUCCCAACCUGUUCCCUUACAAGGAAAAGAUUCUCGAGGAGAUUGAGGAGAAGAAGCUACGCAAGGCCGAGGAGGCGCAAAAGCGUCGCGAGCUGGCCAAGGCGGCCAAGACCGGCGUCGCUACCGCUGAAGAUGCUGAUGCGACCGAGAUGGCCGAGGAUGGUGAGGAGGAGGACGACGACAUGAUGGUCGAGGACGAGGACGAGGACGUGGACGAGUCGAACCCCAUGGCUGCGCUGCUCGCCAGCGCCAGAGCCGCCGCCCAGAGCUACGAGAAGGACCUGCGCGACGUCGACGACGACGAGAUGGACGAUGACGAGGAUUCAGACGACUCGGACGCCCCGGCCGAGAUUGCUGUUGGCAAUGCGACUUCCCGCAAGGCUUUUGACAAGGUCUUCAAGAACGUUGUCGAACAAGCCGACGUCAUCCUCUACGUUCUCGACGCCCGCGACCCGGAAUCCACCCGCUCCCGCGACGUCGAGCGCAGUGUCAUGGCCGCCGCCAACGGCGGCAAGCGUCUGAUUCUGAUCGUCAACAAGAUCGAUCUUGUGCCCCCCAAGACCCUCCAGGCAUGGCUCACACACCUGCGCCGCUACUUCCCGACUCUGCCCCUGCGCGCGUCCAACCCGGCGCCUAAUGCGCAGACCUUCAACCACAAGGAGCUCACCGUGCAAAAAACUUCUGCAGACCUCUUCCGUGCUCUCAAGUCGUACGCUGCGACGAGACAGCUCAAGCGCGCCGUGUCGGUUGGUGUCAUUGGCUAUCCCAAUGUCGGCAAGUCUUCCGUCAUCAACGCCCUCCUGGGCCGCCUCAGUGGCGCUCGCGGCUCUUCCAAGGCCUGCCCCGCCGGCGCCGAGGCCGGUGUCACGACGAGCAUCCGCGCUGUUAAGAUCGACAGCAAGCUUACCCUCCUCGAUUCCCCCGGUAUCGUCUUCCCCUCCGCCUCUAACACUUCCUCGUCUGGCCUCGUGUCGCUCAAGAACUCUACCGACGCCCACGCCCACCUCGUCCUCCUUAACGCCGUGCCCCCCAAGAACAUCGACGACCCGGUUCCCGCCGUCACACUGCUACUGCGCCGUCUCUCCGCGACCCCGGACCUGCUGCAGAAGCUGACGGAUGUGUACGACCUGCCUCCUCUCAUGCCCAGCCGCACCGAUGGCGACCUUACGACGGACUUUCUGGUGCAGGUUGCUCGCAAGCGCGGACGUCUUGGCCGCGGUGGUGUUCCCAACAUCGCCGCUGCUGCCAUGACUGUGGUUACGGACUGGCGUGACGGACGCAUCCAGGGUUGGGUUGAGGCACCUGUGCUCGCUGUCCAGGGCGACGCCAAGGAUGCCGCUGCCACUGCUCCUGUUGCCGAUGACGCUGCUGCUCCUGACCAGAAGACUAUCGUCACGGAAUGGGCCAAGGAGUUCAACAUUGACGACCUCUUCGCGGAUCUAGGCGCGGCUGCUACUGCUGGAGACGAUGCCAUGGAGCAGUAG